AUGGCCGAGAACACCCUACCACCUGCUGCCAACGCUAUUCCUCCCGUAGCCGUGCCCAACGUAGCUUCAACCACGACGAUCCCUGCUCAGCCUUCCCCUCUUUCACUGAGUGACCUCAACAUUCACUCCGUCCCCAAUCUCCCUGACUAUCUCAAGGACAUUUACGCCCGCCUCGAUAGUCAAGCAUCCCAAAUCUCUGAGAUGCAAGCUCUCAUCCAGGAGAACAUGGUCCUUCGUUCCUCCUUGGAUCUCACCAAAAAACAAUUAGAGGAUGCUCAGCAACGGAUUCGUCAACUUGAAUCACAGCAAGCUCCGCAGACCUUCCCUGCCCCUGAAUCGACUGCUGCCUCACCUCCUUCAACUACUGUGGCCCAACCUUCUUUUGCCGACGUCGCCAAGAAACAAGCGGACCCUGCUGCCGUCAAACGUCCCAAAGCUAAAACCAUACCUCGAAAGAGGCUUCAACCUCUCAACCUUAAUGUUAACGAUGCCGGUCUUGCUGCUGCUCGUCAAUUUUCGGUCGUGUCACCCAACCAUGGUUACCGAUUUGUCUACAUUCCCAACCGUAGCCCUUCGCCCAUUAGCCAAAUGAGGGAUAACUUCCAUGCUAUGGGCAUCCACAACAAGCGGAUCUUGGAUAUCCAUUUCCCCGACCGUCAUGUUUGUGGCCUUCUCGUCCACAUAGACUACAUCCCAUCCUUGGAAGCCCAAUUGACCAAGUACGAGUUGGCACCUAUCCAGUUCGAUCCCAUGGACACCACCACGUUGCGUGACCCCAAGUAUACCGACUCUGAUCCUACUUUCCUAGCUGCCGAAUGUCGCCGCCUUUUCCUUGCUCGAUUGAAGGUCAUCAUCGGGCGUUUGAAGGAUCCGCACCACCAACUGGCAGUGGCCCGCUUCUUCUGCUUUAAGCAACACUUCAUUCCUGAAGACGAGUAUGCCCAACUAGCUAAGUCCAUCAAACCAACUUAUGUUCCAGCUUACAAGCGUCAACAAACGACUACUACACCCACCGCCGCUGAACAAGACCUCACCAUGGGCGAGGCAAACAUCACUAACACCACCACUAUCCGAGCUGACGAGACUUCAGCCCCCGUGGCCUAA